UAUGAUAUUAACAUUAUUUUAACACAAGAAUCUCUUAUUACCAAUAAUAUAUAAAAAAAAAGAGAAAACAAAAAAAAAUAAAUAAAUUACAAAAACUAAUUCUUCUUCCUCUUUACUCCUUAAUCACCCCCCCCCCUCCCCUUUUUUCUAAUACAUAUUCCUAUCUUAUCUUUUAUAAUAAAUAAACAUUAUUUACAAUGUGGAUCCUGGCUUAUCCACGAGUGGUACCCGUUAUCCCACUCAAAUUAAACGGGACCCUGACAGUAGGGUAAAUUACUGUCAACUUUGUGGAUCCUGGCUUAUCCACGAGUGGUACCUGUCAUCCCACUCACAGGGCCCAGACAGUAGGGUAAAUUUUCUGCCAAACAGUGAAUGCAAAUUCACUGCACUGGAGACGCCCUCUAUGGGGUGGUGGAGUGCCCACUUAAUUGUGGGAUGUCUCCCCAGUGUAUAAUAUGAUAUGAUUUAUUUUUUAAAAUGAACCAAUAUUCCUUAGUUAAAUUAUGUAUUAUAUAUGAUCUCUUAUUCAAGAAAGAAAAAAAUAUAGUUAAUUCGAAAAGGAGGAAGGAGGGAGCAUAUUUUACUUUGCUGCCAAAAUUACUUAAAGAUGACCUCAAGUUUUAUAAUUACAUGCGUAUGAAAAAAGAAACGUUUUAUUAUAUACUAAAUCAUAAAAUUUACAAUCACAAAAAAAGAAAACAAAUUUUAUCAAGAAUCAAAUUACAUCAGAUGAAAAGUUAAUGAUUACCCUGAGAUAUCUUGCAACUGGGGAUUCAUAUGUCUCCAUGUCUUAUAAUUAUAAAUUAGGAGUAUCUACUAUUAAGCAAAUAAUAGGAGAUACAACCAAGGCUUUAUGGGAUAUUUUGCAACCUAUCCAUAUGAUGGUACCUACAUUACAGAUGUUUGAGGAAGUAGCUCAAGGCUUUGAGGAGAUGUGGAACUUCCCAAACUGUAUAGGGGCCAUUGAUGGGAAGCAUUGUAAGACAAAUAAGCCUCCGCACACAGGAACACAGUUUUUCAAUUACAAGCAUGGAUUUUCAAUAAUCCUUCAAGCAUUGGUGGAUCAUAAUGGCAAAUUUAUGGUUAUAGAUGUUGGCAGUUAUGGAAGCCAAAGUGAUGGAAGAGUCUUUGCUCACUUCUAUCAAAAAGAAUUGAAAAUGGUGAGCUCCCAAUUCCACCCCCUAAGCUUUUACCUAAUUCAAAUAUAGGCCUCAUGUUAUUUUAGGGGAUGGAGCAUAUCCUCUGAAAAGAUAUUUGAUGAAACCAUAUAUUAAAAAUAAUAAUAAUGAUUUUAAAAUAUUUAACUACCGCCUAUCCCGGGCAAGAAGGAUAGUGGAGUGUAGUUUUGGGGUUUUAACCUCAAAGUGGAGAAUUUUAUUAAAACAGGUUGAGGUUAGUCUAUCUGUUUUUGAAAACAUCAUUAAAGCAACUUGUAUUUUGCAUAAUAUAAUAUUAAGUAAAGAAAAUUUAAAUAUAAUAAGUUUUGAUCCUGUUGGUUCAAAUUAUCCUUUAUGUAACCAACAGAGUAUUAAAAAUAGUUCAG